ACUCACUCUUGUGCAAUAGUGUUUCUUCACAGGCAUUGACAAUCAUUAAUCAGACAGAGUUCGUUGUCUUUCUGUCUCUCUCUAUCACCAACAAAAAAGAUUUCGUGUUUUUCCUCUAGUUCACAUGCCUGUGUGUUAGUGGGUUAUGGACAUAAAGACAAGAAUGAAGCCUCAGAUGGGAGCUAUACCACUGCUGCUCCUACUCAUCCAAAAUGCACACUUGCUCCCCUCAGCAGGAGUGGUGAGCAGCAAGCCAGCAGUACAACCCACAUCUGGUUCACAGUCUCAGAUCCACACCGACAGAUACCUGGGCCCAGAGGAUUGUCUCAAACAGCAAUACACACAACUGUCGUGUGCAAAGGUCUCCUGUCCACUGGGGCAUCGCUGCUCAGAGGGUACUGCAAUGUGCACAUGUGAUCCUAAGCCAGAUGAGUGCUAUGCUAAGGAGAAAGUGUGCACCCGUGAUGGGAAGGAGUCCAAGAACCGAUGUCACGCCGUGGCAGAGACCUGCAAGGACAAGAAUAAAGCUCCGGUCUUCUCUCACCAAGGAACCAAUUGCCGUUCUAACAAUGCCUUUCAAGAAUCCCUGAUCGUCAAAGACGUGAUUGAGGUGCAGCUGCCCAAAGGUUCAACAAAAGCACUGGUGUGUCAGGAAGGAUGGAAUAUCGCUGCUGCCCAUGUAACAUGUCGUAAAAUGUUCCGCACGUUGGCAAAGACUGCAGCCAAUAGGAAGUACUCUGAUGUUCCAAGAAAGAACAUCAUUCUGCCAGAUGUGUGUGUUCCUGUCUUCUGUAAAGGACAUGAGUACUCUCUGGCUGAGUGUCACAUUGGCAGUCCAGUCAAACUUAAUGAUAAAAGUCACAUUGCAGUGGCCAACUGUUACAGUAACAGUGGUAAUCCACAUCCAGGUAAUAAAUGUGACAUCGGUAAGUUCCAGUGUGCAAAUGGAAAGUGUGUGCUGCAUGACAAAACAUGUGAUGGAAUCAACGACUGCGGAGACGGCAGCGAUGAGAUGUGCUGCAAAGAAUGUCGUAAUGAUAAGGCUUUCCACUGCAAGUCCAAUGUGUGUAUCUCUCAACACGCUCGUAAUGACGGAGUCCCAGACUGUCUGGAUGGAGAUGAUGAGCUCCCCUCAGCAGGAGUGGUGAUCAGCAAGCCAGCAGUACAACCCACAUCUGGUUCACAGUCUCAGAUACACACCGACAGAUACCUGGGCCCAGAGGAUUGUCUCAAACAGCAAUACACACAACUGUCGUGUGCAAAGGUCUCCUGUCCACUGGGGCAUCGCUGCUCAGAGGGUACUGCAAUGUGCACAUGUGAUCCUAAGCCAGAUGAGUGCUAUGCUAAGGAGAAAGUGUGCACCCGUGAUGGGAAGGAGUCCAAGAACCGAUGUCACGCCGUGGCAGAGACCUGCAAGGACAACAAUACAAUUCCUGUCUUCUCUCACCUAGGAACCAAUUGCCGUUCUAACAAUGUCUUCAAAGAAUCCUUAAAGACUGAGAAGGAGGUGAUUGAGGUGCAGCUGCCUAAAGAUUCAACAAAAGCACUGGUGUGUCAUGAGGGAUGGAAUAUCGCUGCUGCCCAUGUUACGUGUCGUGGAAUGUUCCGCACGUUGGCAAAGACUGCAGCCAAUAUGAAGUACUCUGAUGUUCCAAGAAAGAACAUCAUUCUGCCAGAUGUGUGUGUUCCUGUCUUCUGUAAAGGACAUGAGUACUCUCUGGCUGAGUGUCACAUUGGCAGUCCAGUCAAACUUAAUGAUAAAAGUCACAUUGCAGUGGCCAACUGUUACAGUAACAGUAGUAAUCUACAUCCAGGUAAUAAAUGUGACAUCGGUAAGUUCCAGUGUGCAAAUGGAAAGUGUGUGCUGCAUGACAAAACAUGUGAUGGAAUCAACAACUGUGGAGACGGCAGCGAUGAGAUGUGCUGCAAAGAAUGUCGUAAUGAUAAGGCUUUCCACUGCAAGUCCAAUGUGUGUAUCUCUCAGCACGCUCAUAAUGACGGAGUCCUGGACUGUCUGGAUGGAGAUGAUGAGGAUUCCAAAGCCACUGCUAUGCCGGCACCUUCCCAUGCACCUGUGCCUGAGCCCACUAACCCCCAGCUCCAGCUCCCACAACGCCCCAGGCCCCCAGCACCACCAGCACCACCCACCUCCCCACCACCAGGCCCAUCCUCCUGGACGACUACCUGGGACCUAAGGAGUGCCUGA